AUGAUUACUUUUGUUCAUUGUUUGUGCUCAGAAAGAAUCGUUCGUUCUGGGAAGGCGAAACUUUGCCUCAGCGACUCACAGUCGAAGAGUUGCUUACGCGAAGUUGCAGACAUUAGCGAUAUCUGCGACUUCAUAGAUCCUGGAUGUCCGCUGCAACAAGGAGGUGUAUACACGUAUAAGAGGAAUUUCCUCGUACCGGAUGUCUCGAUGGAAGGCGAAACUAGCUACAAGCUUUAUGACGAGGAAUGCAACGUGCUUGCAUGCAUAGAGUACAAAGGGGAAAUUGAAUCCAAGAAUAAGGACAUACCGCAACUUCUGCUCACUGACGACAGCUAUCCAUGCGGCAGCAAAUGA